AUGCUUAGACCGAAGGUUCUAUUACGUUAUUCUCAUCAUGUAUUUCAACCAAAAACUGCCCUCGAUGAUAGUAUCAAAGCUUUACCUACACAUGAACUUUUCCAGACAUUAGGCUUUAUCAGACAAUCUCAAAGUGGUUUAGUACAUUGGUUACCCAUGGGCCUGAGGACUUUAAACAAAGUUGAAUCCAUUGUACGUCACAGAAUGAAUCAAGACGGUGAUGCUUUAGAAGUUUCCUUGAGUGCACUAUCGCCAAGAUCACUUUGGGAGAAGACGAAUCGAUGGUCAGGUACAGAAUUGUUCAAAUUGAAAGAUGCGAAGAAGGCAAGCUACUGCUUGACACCCACUUGUGAGGAAGAUAUUACGAAUUUAAUGAAUGAAUAUAUUACUAGUUAUAGAGAUAUGCCGACAACGGUUUAUCAAAUAACUAGAAAAUAUAGAGAUGAAUUGAGACCAAGAGGUGGUUUGUUACGUGGUAGGGAAUUUUUAAUGAAAGAUGCAUAUUCAUUUGCCUCUAAUGAAGAGGAGGCAUUGCAAACUUUCCAAAAGAUGAAUGCUGUUUACAAUAAGAUAUUCCAAGACUUAAAAAUCCCAUUUGUUAGCGCUUGGGCGGACACAGGUGAUAUUGGAGGCGAUUUGAGUAAAGAAUACCACUAUUUACACGAAGGUGGUGAAGAUACCUUAUUGACUUGUGACCAAUGUGGUGAUGUAAGUAAUGUGGAAAAAUGUGAGUCUUUCCCUGACGAAGUUGGUCUUCACAGUGGUGAUGUUAACGUUAAAUAUGCAUUAUCCAAAGACCAUAGUACAUUGAUUUGUUAUUACUAUCCAUCGACUAGGCAAUUCAGCUGGAACUUAGCAAUGGAUGCAAUGGAAGGAGAUGUUGAUGUAAAUUUGAAAAAUGAAAGUAACGAAAAAGUACUAAAAGUGUUUGAAAGGCCGGAUGAUGAAAUAAUGUUCUCGAAGAUUUUGAGAGUAAUGGAUUGUAGGCUAAACUCUAGAUCUAAUUUCCCAGAUUUUCCUUUGCAAAAAUAUUUGAAGAAUAAUUUUGGUCAAUUAAACGAAGUGUCACUAGUAGCCGCCGAAGCAGGUGAAAUUUGCGGCUCCUGUGAAGAAGGUCAUUUACGCGGUGAUAAGAGUAUCGAAGUUGGCCAUACUUUCCACCUAGGCACCAAGUACAGUGAAGCUAUGGGAAGUAAAUUUACUGAUAGUAAUAACAACAGCAAUUCUAUUCCUCAGAUGGGAUGCUAUGGAAUUGGAAUUAGCAGGUUAGUUGGCGCCAUUGCGGAGGUUGCCAGAGAUUCAAAGGGAUUCAAAUGGCCUACGAGCGUAUCACCAUAUCUAAUGAGCAUUUGUGGUAAAAAUGAACAAUUGGUACAAGAGACAAGGCAAACAAUUGAAUCACCAGAUGUAUUGUCACAAUUCAAUUCGAAGUUGGGAUUAGGUGCAAGAAUAAAAUUAUCUCAUGCUUUGGGGAUUCCACUAGCAAUUAUCGUGGGACCAAAAAGUUGGCCCAAAGUUGAAGUUGAAGUAAGAGGUCAAAGAUGGAAUGGUAAUGAAACUUGGAAACAAUCAUAUGAAACUCAUAAAGACGAGUACGACUGGCAAAUCAUUGUCACAGACGAUGGUACCGAAAAACAUCUAGUACCAAUUGAGAAUCUCUCCAAAAUAUGCAAUAUUCUUCUGGAAGAUCUAUAA